GCUUUUUCUCCCAUUAGCCCUGUAUUCUGUGUGGCCGCUGCCCCUUCUCCAGGCGCUUUAGAUCCGUUGCCUAGGCCUAUCCCCUCACGGCCCUGCCCUCUGACCUCGCGUUGCACAAUGCCCGAGCAAAGUCCAGGGGGUGUGAACUCCGGCGUUCCUAUCCCUGGGCGGGGACGGGCGACGGCAGUGCGGGAAGUCGUGGCGGAGAGCGCGCAGCCGGCCCAGUCCGUCGGCUCCAGCCCUGCGAACUCCCCGGGAGCUGCCGCCGCAAGGCCUUCUGCCGCUGGGCCCCGCCGCCAGGCCCGUCCGCUGCUCCCCUCCCAGGCCGCUGCCGCCACCGCAGCUAUGGCGGAAGUUCAUAGACGUCAGCAUGCCCGGGUUAAAGGAGAAGCCCCCGCGAAAUCCUCCACACACAGACAUGAGGAGCAGCUGGGGAUGGCGUCGGCCGAAACGCUGACCGUGUUCCUGAAGCUGCUGGCUGCGGGCUUUUAUGGCGUGAGCUCCUUCCUCAUCGUGGUGGUCAACAAGAGCGUGCUCACCAAUUACAGAUUUCCCUCCUCACUAUGUGUUGGACUUGGCCAGAUGGUGGCCACAGUGGCAGUUCUCUGGGUGGGAAAGGCGCUCAGAGUCGUCAAGUUUCCUGACCUUGACCGUAAUGUACCUCGAAAGACGUUUCCACUACCUCUACUAUAUUUUGGGAACCAAAUCACGGGACUGUUCAGCACAAAGAAACUGAACUUGCCAAUGUUUACAGUUCUGAGAAGGUUCUCCAUCUUGUUUACAAUGUUUGCUGAAGGAGUUUUACUCAAAAAGACUUUUUCUUGGAGUAUUAAGAUGACUGUAUUUGCCAUGAUUAUUGGAGCCUUUGUAGCUGCCAGCUCUGACUUGGCAUUUGAUCUGGAAGGAUACAUUUUUAUUCUGAUAAAUGAUGUCCUGACAGCAGCAAAUGGUGCAUACGUAAAACAAAAAUUAGAUUCAAAGGAGCUGGGAAAAUAUGGUCUUCUCUAUUACAAUGCACUAUUCAUGAUUCUGCCCACCCUGGCCAUUGCGUAUUUUACAGGAGAUGCACAAAAGGCAAUGGAUUUUGAAGGCUGGGCCGACACACUCUUUCUUCUGCAGUUCACCCUCUCCUGUGUGAUGGGGUUUAUCUUGAUGUACGCCACAGUACUUUGCACUCAGUAUAAUUCUGCUCUUACUACUACAAUAGUUGGCUGUAUUAAGAAUAUAUUAAUAACUUAUAUUGGAAUGGUCUUUGGUGGAGAUUAUAUUUUCACAUGGACGAACUUCAUUGGCUUAAAUAUCAGCAUUGCUGGGAGCCUGGUGUAUUCCUAUAUCACUUUCUCUGAAGAGCAGCUGAGCAAACAGUCGGAGGCCAGUAACAAGCUGGACAUUAAGGGGAAAGGAGCAGUAUGACCAGAGGACUGCUUCAACAGCACAGGCCCAAGAUUUUGAUGAGCUUGGAACACUGGCAGAUUUUACACAGAUAUUGAGGUGUCUUGAUUAUGGAGAAAUACCAUUCCUUUGCACUUACACAAUCUGAGGAUUGAUUGCUGCCUUUUAAAAUUUUAUGAGAGAAAUGUAUAAUUGACCCUAUUUUAAAUAUGCCAUUUGAAUUAAUUUAUAUCAGACUGGAAAAUGCACCGGGCUUUUUAAUUUAUUUUUCUUUUGUGCCGACAGUGAAACAACAUUGUUUUGAAACUGUUUCAUUCCGUAGUUUGAAACCCAGGUGUCCUGAGAGCUGCAUGUACAAAGUUCUCCAAGUGGAGCUCCAUCCUUCAAACCGUUGCUGUGUCUGGGGGCAGUUUUCGCCUUCCUUCUGCUGGAAGUGCAGCGGAGUCUCUGAAAUUUCUCCUUUGACUUAUAUUUCUUAACAAUUGCAUUUUUUUCCCAUAAGGGUAUCGUAACUGAAUUUGCCAGAGAAAACCUUUGGCACUAAAAAAAUAUGAGAGGCUUUGAAGUGUGCUGCUUUUCAUGUUGGCUUUCCCGCAGACUCACGGCACAAAGGGAGUGCAUUCCUUGAAAAUUUGCUGUUCCCUCCUGGUUGCAUAGGAUGGGGAUGACGAAGUGAUGGGAGAAGUAGGACUUUUCCUCAUUUAUUUAUCUAUCUGAUCAAUUCAUUCAACUAAAAUGUGUUCAGUAGGUAAUGUGCUCCAGGCCUUCUGAAUGAAUAUUCAUUCAGAAGAUGUGACUGUGAACAAGACACAGAACUUUUUUCACUUCUCAGAAACUGCAGUUCUGUAAGUGGGGUUAGAAGCACCUGCCCGAGCUAACCUGCACUCGUGUGAAACUAAAUGCUACGAUGUGAGAUCGAAUGCACGUGAGGAGCUGCAUUUUGUGAACCACGUGGCCUAGAGAGUGGCAGGCAGGCAAGGUGACCACCAUAUAUUUACCCGUGCUUCCCUUUUCUGGCUUUAGUUGCUACUUUUUUACCCAUCUUUGAAGCAUUAUGACUGGGUCUUACAUUUCUGAAUGUAUUGGCUUGAGGAGAAAGGCCAGUUAGAUGUUUCUGGGUUGCCAAGGUUUAGUCUUUGCCCGGCAGGGUCAGUGUUUGGGCCAUCUCCUUCCUUUCUCCUUAAACUACAUGAGCAAGCCCCUCCCCUCUGGCCACUCCCACCUACAUUGUGUCCUUUGGCUCACUUAAUGAGGACGCCAGCCUCUCUGGAGACCAGGGCUGCGUCCUGGGGGAGCAGUUGUGGAUGGGCAUGGUCUGAGUCGCCUCUUUGGUUGGGACAGGCUGUUAGACAGCCCCAUGACUUGGCUCAGACACACUGACUGGGAUGAAUGGAUGCUCAAGCCCGCGCAGCGAGGAUGCAGGAGCCCGAGCACCUCUGUACUGGUGCACGAGUUACCUUCCUGUUCGUUGGGCGUACAGUCCACUGGGCUCCUUGGACCUAAACCAUAAGUAUUUUGGUGCCACAAGAAGGGACCUGGAAGGUUUUGUUUUGUUUGUGUUUUUGAAGAAUUAGAUUGAGGUCAUUUUCAUAUUUAUGCUUUUCCCUUAUUUUGUUUGGUCUUUGUUAUAGCCUGGCCAGCAGUGCUGGGUCCCUAGAAUUAGCCUCAUCGCCAGUUUUCACAUUAUGAGCUCCAUGUCAGAAGUCCUAAGGCCUACAUAUUUCCAGUAUCAGCCGAUCUGAGGAACUUCCGGUGGGAGAAUAGGACCUCAUUUUGUGAAAGAUGAUUCUUAUUACCCCUGUUUUAUCAAUGAGAAAACAAAAUUCAAAAAGAAAGUAGAUUUGCUAAUAAGUCAAAACUUACGUGUUUUUGUCCAUUGCACCAUUGCUGCCAAUAACUGCCCUCUGCGGGUGCAAGGACACGGGGAUGGUAGCUGGUUACCUUGAGCUCUUUCAAGGGGUCAGGCAGUUACCUGAGUCUGGAGUCGAAGCAUAGGCUUCGCAGAUCGGGGAGCUCUGUGUGGUAGGUCACCACCUCCUGGGAGGAAAGAGGCAGCAUGGAGUUAAAUCCUUAAUUUGCCCUGUGAGACAGAUGGGCUGUGGUGAGAACGCGAAAGCCAAGUUGUAUGACUCUUGGCUCCUCUGUUUUGAGUUAAUGACAUUGAAGUCCUCUUUGGCCAGUUGGCUUUUAGUCAGUGCCAGAUUGAUUUGAAUAAUCCUGGUUGGUGAGGCUACGUGUUGUCCACAGGUCAGGUGAUUUUUAAUUACCCCGUAUGGCGUUGACUUUAUGAGUCAAUCAUUUGUAGCAUCCAACUUGCAUGCAGGUUGUAUCAGGAAUCCAUGGAAAGUUCGGGUCAGUAAAGCUGAUACAAGAUCUUCAUGGAAAGAAUAACAGAGUUUCACAUUUGCCUGGUUUGGAACAGUACCUAGGAAUUUAGGCCCGCCUCUGCUUUUGUUAUCACGGCCUCAUUCAAUGAGCAGAGAUUUACUGAGCAUCCCCUUUAUGCCAGACAGUGUGCUCAGUGUUUCGUUUUGGGUGGCAAAACUAUGCUCAGAGACUGAGAUUGCUUUGCGUGUUUUAUUGAACACUUGUUCACUGUGGGAAUUAUAAUAAUGUCCUAAGCCAAUAACAAAAUAACGUACUCCAAAACAACGAUAGAGUAACUACACUAUUGUUCCAGGCAAGGGAAGAUGAGAGAAAUAAAGUCCAAAUUUAGUUGAGGCAUACCUUUUCUACAAGGGUGGUUUUCGGGAGAGACCGCUUAAUCGACAAAGAGCUGCCUUCAGCUGCCAGCACAAGAAGUCCCUGUUGCUGGAGCAGAUGGCUAGGGAACGAUGGCACUAGUGCUGGUGGGCAAGGAGUCCUUCUCUGAGGGGCUGCUGCAGGCUGGUCAGGGAGUCACCUUUACUGUGGCAGAGGAGCUAAUGCUCUGGGGUCUCAGGAGAGCUAUUUAGAUCAGCAAGCCGAGCCUUGCCCGCCCACAACUGUCAGACGGACCUCAUACACCCUGCACAGACCUUUAGGCUACUUACCGUCUAAACAUCCGCUUGCCAGAAUUCCUUCUUCAUUGGACAUUUUUUCUUGCUAAGUCCCCAAGGUCACCUGUGAGCAGCUGAGAUGAUGUCAUCAUGACACAUCUUCAUUUUUAUAUUAAAACAGCUUUACUCUUAAAACGACUUUAUUUUUGUCAUAAACAAGUCGCUUUGAAAUCAUGCCAAACUGAUACACAACACUAAACUCGGGGGAAAUUGAGAUACACGGGGCAAGGUUCUUGCUCAUAAUUCCUUAGCAAGACCCUUACUGGAAGCAGUUGAAUGGAAGCAGUGACGGGAGAGUAAGCCCCGCCAGCCGUUGCCGUCUGGCUGAGGAGGGUGCCCCACCCAUCCAGCCGAAGCUUUUUCUUUAAGAGGACGUUUCUAAUUCGGACUCGUCUUUUAGCUCUGAGAUGGUGCCGUGCUAUUGGAAUUCCAUGACUCCCCUGAGUCCCUCUGCUGCAUAUAUUCUCACCUCCUCAUAACUUUGUGUUAUUGGUUCCUGCUUAUCAGCAAAGCUGCAUAAGCUAUUUCAAAACAAAUGAGAUAUUGGAUGAGAAACUUCUCACAUGGUGCCUACUAUGCAUUAGGCACUCGGCAGAUUUUGUUACUGUCAUUUUAUGGUGAGGCUUUAGGCAAAACAAGUUUCUUCAUUUGUGCUCCUUAAAUGCUAGAGGCCUGGACAAUGUGUGUAUUUCUUGAAAAAUGUGACCCUGUACUUUGCUUCCAGAAUCUUAAAUGAGAGUUUCUGUUCAAGGUCUUUUUAAAAUACCUACUGGAUAUAAUUGUGGCCAUUAUGUGAUGCAGGUGAUUCCACUUUUUUUUUUUUAAGAAAAAGGAUGAAAUUACUCGUAUAAUUUGAUAGUGAAUUUAAGAAAAAUUAUUUUAUCUUAGAGGAAAAUAAUUAUACUUCAGAAUGGCGAUUCAGUUAAAACUUUCUCAGUUUGUCACCUGAAGGCAGCUCCCGUGCAGGCUCAUCCUUCCUUCUUCCAGUGAGAUGCCUGAGGCAGGGGUCGGCCCCCUUGCGUCUGCGUCUGCGUCUGCGUCUGGCUUAGUCGUCGUGGGAUCUGUGAGCUGCUGGCACCUGUUCUUACUGUGAGGACGCCCCUUCAUCAGGGUGUGAGGAGAUACUCUAGGGUGUUUUUUUUUUUAAUUUUUUUUAGCUUUCUUUUUAAAAAAUAAAUUUUAAAAGAAAUCUACUGGUUAGAUUAUCUCACAAAAAUAUUUUUAGAGAUUAUUUUGUUCAUUAAUGUUUCUUUCUCAUGCUGAUGAUCAACUGAUUUUUGUCUACAGAUGUUGGCCUAUUAUAGUAUUUUUUCAAUAUAGAUUCUAUUUACCAAAUGCCAUUUUAGUGUUUUUAAGAGGUACUGAGGAUUGAGAUUAUGUAAAUCAGGUGACAUAACCAUGAAAAUUAUGUGCCUAAAUAUUUUUAUAAUGUCAAAUAAAUAUGUUUUC